CCCCACCAACUUAUCAUCAAGUGCGAGUUCCUCUUCUAAAAAAAGAGGUAGAACAUGUUAACAAGUUGAUGGAGGAGCACAAAAAAGACCAGGAACAAUAUGGGUGUACGCUAAUGAGCGAUGGGUGGACUGAUAGGAAAAAUAGAACAUUGAUGAAUCUUUUGGUGAAUUCUCCUAGAGGGACCAUGUUUCUUAAAUCUAUGGAUGCGUCUGGAAUUGUAAAGGAUGCAGAAAUGAUAUAUGAAUUGCUUGAUGGGUGGGUGGAGCAUAUUGGAGAAGCAAACGUGGUUCAAGUUGUUACAGAUAGCGCCGCGGCAAAUGUGGCGGCAGGGAGGUUGUUGGAGGCAAAACGACCUCACUUGUUUUGGUCUCCGUGUGCUGCCCAUUGCUUGGACUUGAUGUUAGAAGACAUUUUUAAGUUACCAAAUUUGAAGACAAAUUGGGAAAGGGCAAUAAUGAUUCAUGGUUAUAUUUAUAAUCGACCCUCUUUGUUGAAUAUGAUGAGGCAAUUUACCAAGAGAAGGAGCUCGUUAAGCCGGCAAAAACUCGAUUUGCAACCGCUUUUUUGACUUUGCAAAGGGUUUAUGAACAAAAGGGAAACUUAAGGAAGAUGUUUACUUCAGAGAAGUGGACCAAUAGCAAAUGGGCAAAAGAGCAAGGAGGGAAACAUGUAGAAAAAGUCAUGUUGAUGGCCUCAUUUUGGAGGAAUGUGCUCCUUGCCCUCAAGUUCGCAUCCCCACUUGUUAAGGUACUUAGAUUGGUUGAUGGAGAAGUCAAGCCUACAAUGGGAUACAUUUAUGAGACUAUGGAUCGGGCUAAAGAAACUAUUGCAAAUUCCUUCAAUCAAAAUAAGGAAAUGUAUGAUGAAGUCUUUAAGAUAAUCUACAAGAGUUGGGAAUCCCAAUUGCAUCGGCCUUUGCAUGCAGCUAGUUUUUACUUAAAUCCUGAAUUUUUUUACAAAGAUCCAGAGGCUUGCAAAGUUCCAGAAAUCAUUGGAGGCCUAUACAAAUGUAUCACAAAGUUGAUUCCCAAUAAUGAUACACAAGACCUUGUUUGUGCUGACUUGAUGAAGUAUGAGAGAGCUGAAGGACUCUUCGGUAACCCAAUGGCAAUAAGGCAAAGAAAUACAAGGGGCACCAGGUAUCAUCAUGUUAACCUUAAUCUAGUAACUAAUUUAAGUCCUAAGAGUUGCACUUUAAGAAUGUUUUCCAAUAUCAAUAUGCUAUGGUGUGCAGCUGACUGGUGGGCCUCAUUUGGUCAUGACACUCCCGACUUGCAAAAAUUUGCCGUCAAAGUUCUUAGCCUUACUUGUAGUUCCUCGGGAUGUGAGCGUAAUUGGAGUGUCUUUGAGCAUAUUCACACAAAAAAAAGGAAUAGACUAGCUCAAAAGCGUCUCAAUGAUUUGGUAUUUGUUAAAUACAAUAGAGCAUUGAAACGCCGAUACCUCAACCGUGAUCGCAUUGAUCCUAUAUCCUUGAAAAAUAUUGAUGAGAGCAAUGAAUGGUUGGUUGGGAAGAUGGAGGAAGAAGCUGUGUUUGAGGGUGAUGAUUUGAAUUGGGAUGAUGUUGCUUUAGCUUCUGGAGCCGAAGAACCAAGGAAAACAACUAGAGCAUCAAGUUCAAAGUCAACAGACUCAACACCUAUCGCGAAAAUGGCAAAACCAACUCCAAAGGCUAAGGCUUCAAGAGGAAAGACAUCUCUUAUAGAUGAGGUGAUUGAAGAGGGAGAAUGGGAGACGGAUGAUGAUGAGGAGGAAGAUGUGGAAGGAUAUAAAUCAGAAUCAUUAGAUGAUGAUGAUGAAAUUGAAGAUGAAGUUCUUGGUUCUGAGAAUGAUGAUUAAUGUCUAUGCAUGACUCUAGAUUUUAUUGCCUUUAAUCCUUUUGUUAUGUCUCUAAGGCUAAACAUUAUUAUGUUAGCUUUUCAUGGAUGAUAUGUUAUGUUUCGUGUUUGGUACUUUCGUUUAACCAAUGACAUGUUAUGUUUUAUGACAUUUGAAAGUUUUACAAGUGUUUGUCUGUCUUGAAAACUUGUUCUAAUAAAAUUUGCCUUAUUGCGAAGGGAAUUUUUUUUUUUGCGCUUAGCCUCAAUAAAGCGCGCGCCGCGCCUUGCGCUAAAGCCCCAGGGGACUGUUGCGCCUCGGUGCGCCUUUCGCUAUUUAAAA